AUGUCCUUCUACAACCCCCACAGAAUCCCCCCCAACCCUCAACCCGAGACCCUCACACAAGCAGCCAUCACCUCCAAACUCGACUGGCUCACCCACCAGCCCCAAAGCAUCCUCUCCCCGACUAUCUGCACCCAACACAAAAUCACCAUCCUCCCCCUCGACCUCGAAGCCAGCCAUCACGAAACCACCAACUCCACCACCACGCCCCUCUUCUUCAACCCCCUCUCAACCGACCUCCUCGACACCCACCCCAUCAACCACUCCCGCUACGCAUGGAUGGACACCGUCAGCCCCGGAUUCUACUCCAUCCGCGACUACAGUACCCUCAAGCCUGACGCACAUGAACUCCACCCCCUAAACCGCACGGCGGAGCUCUCCCGCAAAUUCGAAAAAUACAUGGACGUCGUGCCCCGAGUCACACUCCCGACCGGCGAUGAACGAAGUCUUGCUCAUCUCGCGAAUUGGGAUUUAUCGUGGAGCACAGACACCAUCUACGCGGGCACAUUCAUCCACUUCACGCACCCCCAAACCUACCUGUACAGUAUAUCCCGGAUCUACCGCUACCAGGACCGGAGAUACCCGCACCUGACCAUGAUCUCCCGGCACUGGUGUAUGGAAGAUUGUCCUGAGGAUCAUCUUAUGCGGUAUGAGCUUGUUGCGAUUCUUCAGUCGAUGAAUGCCCGCGUCACCAAGAAUGGAUUUGAUCCGGAUGAUACUGUUCCCGCACUUCUAGUCUCGUUUAUGAAGCCGAGUCAUGGACGGAUUCUGCAGGCGCAUAUGCAUGAGGAUAUGUUGGUGGUUGCGAAGAGUCCGGUUUAUAGUUUCGAGUCGAUGUGGGUGGCGCCCUUUGAGCUGUUCUCCAGAUGGAUGUUGGGAACGCCGGUGGGGCUAGAUAUGGGGGAUGGGGUGAGGGGGAGGGGGAAGGGAUGA